CGGGGUGCGGAGCUGGUGCCCGGCGUGGAGAUCCGCGAGCGCAGCCAUGCCCCAGGCCGCCUCCGGGGCAGCAGCAGCGGCGGCGGCCGGGGCCGGGGCGCGGGCCGGAGACGCCGGAGGGCCGGCGAGGACCCGGGAGGGACGAUGAAGCGGCAGAAUGUGCGCACGUUGGCUCUCAUCGUGUGCACCUUCACCUACCUGCUGGUGGGCGCCGCGGUGUUCGACGCGCUGGAGUCGGAGCCGGAGAUGAUCGAGCGGCAGCGGCUGGAGCUGCGGCAGCUGGAGCUGCGGGCGCGCUACAACCUCAGCGAGGGCGGCUACGAGGAGCUGGAGCGCGUCGUGCUGCGCCUCAAGCCGCACAAGGCCGGCGUGCAGUGGCGCUUCGCCGGCUCCUUCUACUUCGCCAUCACCGUCAUCACCACAAUCGGCUAUGGUCAUGCGGCGCCCAGCACGGACGGAGGCAAGGUGUUCUGCAUGUUCUACGCGCUGCUGGGCAUCCCGCUCACACUAGUCAUGUUCCAGAGCCUGGGUGAACGCAUCAACACCUUCGUGAGGUACCUGCUGCACCGUGCCAAGAGGGGGCUGGGCAUGCGGCACGCCGAGGUGUCCAUGGCCAACAUGGUGCUCAUCGGUUUCGUGUCGUGCAUCAGCACGCUGUGUAUCGGCGCCGCUGCCUUCUCCUAUUAUGAGCGCUGGACUUUCUUCCAGGCCUAUUACUACUGCUUCAUCACCCUCACCACCAUCGGCUUCGGCGACUACGUGGCGCUGCAGAAGGACCAGGCGCUGCAAACGCAGCCUCAGUACGUGGCCUUCAGCUUCGUGUACAUCCUCACCGGCCUCACGGUCAUCGGCGCCUUCCUCAACCUCGUGGUGCUGCGAUUCAUGACCAUGAACGCCGAGGACGAGAAGCGUGAUGCAGAGCACCGUGCGCUGCUCACGCACAAUGGCCAGGCUGGCGGCCUGGGUGGCCUGAGCUGCCUAAGCGGUAGCCUGGGCGAUGGCGUGCGUCCCCGCGACCCAGUCACGUGCGCGGCGGCUGCAGGCGGCAUGGGCGUGGGCGUCGGUGGCAGCGGCUUCCGCAACGUCUACGCUGAAGUGCUGCACUUUCAGUCCAUGUGCUCGUGCCUCUGGUACAAGAGCCGCGAGAAGAUGCAGUACUCCAUCCCCAUGAUCAUCCCGCGGGACCUCUCCACAUCCGACACGUGCGUGGAGCACAGCCACUCGUCGCCAGGAGGCGGCGGCCGCUACAGCGACACGCCCUCACACCCUUGCCUGUGCAGCGGGACGCAGCGCUCGGCCAUCAGCUCGGUGUCCACGGGCCUGCACAGCCUGGCUACCUUCCGCGGCCUCAUGAAGCGCAGGAGCUCAGUGUGAACCACAGCCAAGCCUGGAGCACCUGUGAGCCAGCGGGGUGGGGGACCUGCCUGCAGAAGCCGCAGGAGUUGGCCAGGAGGCCCCCCCAAAGACGCCUUCGGGCCCCAUGGGAAGUCCCCAGCCCAUCACCACCACCACCUCUACUCCUCCCCAGCCCCUAAAUCUCCAACUGUGCGGGCUUUCACCAGCCAGCAGGAGGCCGGGCUCUGAGGACCCCUGGAGCCCCCAUCAGAGCCCGAAGAAUUCUGAGAAAUGUGAAACUUAGGGGGUGGGGAGACGGGGAAGCAGCCAUGGGGAGCUGCUGAGAAGCCCCCCAGUCCUCAGAGGCCCUACUGGGCCCCCGACCCCUUUCCUCCCAAGGGUUCUCAUGUUCUAUGUUUUUUUUUUCUGUUUUGGUUUGGUUCUCUCUCUCUCUCUCUCUCUCUCUCUCUCUCUCUCUCUCUCUCUCUCUCUCUCUCUCUCUCAUCUCUACUUAUACCUCCCCUGGGCUCUCCAAAGUCCAAGGUGUCUUUGUCCAGGUCACCCCCCCACUCAGUCCCUCCCGGCUCUCUCAUCCCCAGCCAUGUCUCCCAGCCUUCCACUACCUUAAUGUGUCCACUCCCCUUCUGUUUUUUGCAUGGCUAUGCAGUUAUGGAAGAAAAAAAAAAGGAAACCCCAGCAGUCCCUAAAGCUAGUCCCCAGAGGGCAAGAUAGAAAAAAAAAAAAGAAAGAAAGAAAGAAAAGGGCAGGCCACUGAUGUUAGAGCUAGGGAGUGCAGAAACUGUGGCUUCCACCGCUGCAGGGUGGCCACAUCAGUAGGUGAGCUACCUGGGGUCUGAGACCAUUCUCAGGCGCUCCUGGGAGACUCCAGCCUUCAGGACUGCACUUGGAACCUGAAACAAACACAGACUCUCCCUUUGCUGUCCCUGGCUGCGGCUGCUCAUUCACUCUUCCACUUAUAGUGAUUUUUUUAUUUUUAUUUUUAGCUCCAGAAACCCCGUCCCACCUCCUCAUUCAUUUGAGUGUAAUAACAACACUCUGGUUAAGUCACCUGGGCAGUUCUUAUGGCCACUUUUCAGAAGAGGAAAACAGGUAAAAAAAAAAAAAAAAUUUACUUGCCCGGGGUGUCUUGAAGGGGAACAAGCCUGCAGGCUUGCUCCCAGCCCAAGUGCUCUUCAGGCUCAGCCUGCUCUCAGAAGCAAAGCCCCUGCAGGCAGCACCCCAGUGUCGUCCUGUAGGCAGCUGGGGUCUAAACCAGAAUCCAAAGCCCCCCACCGCCUGAGCCACUGCCAGGGCUCUGCCUCUGGUUCUCUUUAGCCCAGAGACUGCGGCUCUAAAUGGACCCUUGUCUCUGUUCAUAAGCAGGGAAGUCCUUGGGACCAAGGAAAGCAGGACUGAGACUCAUGGACUAAAAGCCAGGAGUUGGAAGUCUUGAGAGUUCAGGGACUGGGCAGAGCAGCCCAGACAGCUGACAGGUAUAUCCUGGAACGUUAUUCCUGGCCUAGAAGCCGAGGUACAUGCGUCCUACGUUGCUAGAGUAAGACUUCCACUGUAGCCAAGAACACCCCUCUGGAGGUAUUGGGCCUGGUGUGCCCUCUACCUCCCUCUACCUGCAACCCAGGUGGAGGGUGGCUUGCUACUGGGGACAAGCUGGAGGUGGGAAGGUGCCCUGACAACAGAAGAGUAUGUGUGGGGCUCUGGAUAUAGCCCCGAGUUUCAUCCCCAGUAACAUGAAAAGGGAGAAGGGAAACCUCUCCCCGCCAGUGCUGCCUUCCACUCACUGUUCCCAGGCCUAGCUCCACACUGCUGAGUAAGGCCAACCUGACCAUUUGGGGAGCUAGAGAGAGAGCCCCACCAUGUCCUUCAGGUCCUGGGGAACCCUUAGGUCGAAAGGAUCUGGCCUGUGUGUAUCCCUUGUCCGCGUGGAGGAGCUGGCCCAUGUGCCAAGGGGAAUGGGACCCAGGAGCUGGAGAGGUGCUGUCUGUGUUUAUGUCGGGCUGGAGGCAGUGCUGGCUGCCUCUGUCCUGUGUGUGACCCUGCCCUCGAGGGGUCAAGUCCCGUCAGAUCCGAGGGAGCCACAACCAAAGUUACAGAGAGGGUGGGGAAGGCAGCAGAGUGGCCCUAGGGGUCUAAGCAUGGGGGACUGCUGGUCUCCUGUAGGGUCUUGCCUAGGGAACUAGAAGGCCACUGUCACUUCCUGUCUCACCCCCUCCCACUGCAGGCAGCCUCUCUGCUUCCCCAAUGCCUUAUGCCUGGGCACACUGCCACAGAAUAUGCAAUAUGUGUGGGUGACAUCCCCACACCCACCCGGGCAGCCCCUAAGUCCCCAGGCUGUGGCUGCCCUGGCCCCCCUCAGCAGCCCCUGCCCAUCUGUCUUCACACUGAGAAUGGCGCCUAAUAAAUGCUGUCCAUGGAGACCAGG